AUGUCAGGCACGGGCUCCUCGCUGUCUGUGCAGCUAACCGCCUCGUCUACGCAGACCUCGAGCUUUCGCGCCAGCAAUCCAACAGACGUCGAUUUUCUCCCCCAACUCGUGGAGCUGGUGCAUCCAAAGCUGCGCCGCCCUUUGACGGACUCGAUGAAGAUCAAGAACCUCACCCUUAUCCAAAAGCUGUGCUGGGCGGCAGUCCUGGACAGUGACAGCGACGUUCUUGUGCGCAGCGAGACUGGCAGCGGCAAGACGCUCGCCUACGCCCUCCCCACACUUCACCGUCUUCUCAUGGAGUGUGAUCAGACGCCCAUUUCGCGUGAUGUGGGCACGCUCAUCAUUAUCAUGUGCCCGACUCGCGAGCUUGUGCUGCAGGUGACAGAGACGGUGUGCACUCUGGUGCGCUGCGCGCAGUUCAUCACCGUUGGCGGCAUCCAUGGCGGCGAGAACCGGCACAAGGAGAAAGCUCGGUUGCGCAAAGGUCUCCCGAUUCUGGUCACGACGCCUGGUCGGCUGCUCGAUCACCUCAAGACUACCGCUUCUUUCAACGUUGCCAACGCGCAAACGGUGAUCAUGGACGAGGCGGAUCGGCUGCUCGAUAUGGGAUUCGAAAAGGCUCUACGUGAGAUUAUGGAACUGUUGGAGAAGAAGUGCCGCCAUGCGUCCAGUCUGAAGCGUAUUCUUGUUUCCGCCACCAUCACCGACGGUGUUGAGCGACUGUCGCACUUUGCCCUGCGCAAGAACAUCGCCCGCAUCGGCGAGACGCAAGACACCUUCUCCGUCCCGACGACGUUGAAGCAGCACUACGUGGUGGUGCCAGUGAAACACCGUCUCUCGGUUCUUCUCACCUUUCUUCGUUCCCAGCUAGACGCUGGUGCUCACAAAAUCAUCGUAUUUGUCUUGACGGCGGACAGCGCGGAGUUUCUGUAUCUCCUCGCCUCUCGUCUGCAGUCCCCAUUUCACAGCAAGUCGUAUGAGGGCAAGGUCGUCACGCGCUCGCGCCGUGCACCCAUGAGCGCGAAGAAAAUGAUCGAAACCGCCAACGGCCACCUCAACAACGACGGUGCCACGGACAAGGUGAUCACAUUUGAGGAGGUAAGUGACAACGAGACGGAAGGUGACGUGAGUCUCGACAGUACCGCAGCGUCGCGUCGCGCUUUCCUGGAUGCCAAUAUCUUCACGCUGCACGGCAACAUGUCACAGGUCGACCGAGCCGCCGUCUUUCACGCCUUCAAGUAUGACACUGGGAAGUCCCGCAGCGGCAAGAGCGUGUUGUUCUGCACGGACGUGGCUGCUCGCGGUCUUGAUAUGCCGAAGAUCGACUGGAUUGUGCACUAUGACCCUCCAACAGAUCCGAAAAGCUAUGUACACCGGAUCGGGCGCACAGCGCGUAUUGGCAACAGCGGCGACUCGAUUCUGUUUCUUGCACCAGACGAGCUUGGCUAUGCAGCAUACCUGACGCACUUCAUCCACUCGCAGAUGCAGCAGGGCGACAACAAGGAGGCGAUGGCAAUGUCGGAGCGCAAGUACGAGAUAUUUCUCUUCUAUCUGACCAAGCUGGAUCCCAAGUCGAACCACAUGUGGAUGCAGAGCACGGCCGCGCUGGGGCGUGCCAUCUCACGCCUUGUGAUGCAGCGGGAGGUCGAUCGCGAGGGAGACGCCAAGGACAGUCUAUACCGCGUCGCGUUGUUUGCGUAUCAGUCGUACUUGCGCGCCUACGCGGGCCUGCCAAGAGAAAUUAAGUCGCUCUUCUUCGUCUCGCUGCACCUCGGCCACGUCGCACAGAGUUUCGGCAUCGACAAGAGUCCAUCGGAGAUGCAGCGGGAGCUAAAGGUCUACAUCCGCGAAGACCGCGUACUCGCCCGCGACAACCGCAAAGGCACCGUCACUAACUCACAUGACGGGGAGGGACACAAAAAAAAGCGUCAGCGUGUGGAGCUGGACCAUGAGGACCAAUACCACAGCAUGCUCACUCAGAAGCAGCGCAAGCUGACGCGUGAUUGGGCCGAGAAGAGGCGCAAGGAGAGCACCAAAAUUCGGCCGCUACAGUUCUCCGAAUUCGACGCGUGA